GCGAGGAUGGCACAGAGAGAUAUGUUCGGAAGCGAGAGAGGGAGAGAGAGAGAGAGAUUGAGGGGUAUAGGCAACGAAGAGCAGCAAUAACAGGAAACACCGCGCGCAGAGCUUUCCUACUGAGUCGAUGCUCGCGCUGACCAGAGCAGACCGAUAAAACGGGAAGAGGAACGUCUCACAACUCUAAACAGAACCAACCGGUUCUAACAGUCUCGCGGAGAGAGAGAAAAAGGGAGAGAACAGUCUGUUUCCGUGCAGGGAGUUAUCCAGUCGAGUGAGUUGUCAAAAAAAGUCAUUGAGGAGAAAAGAAAGAGCUAUGGAUUCCCCCUCGGAUUUGUUUGGUCAUCAGUCCUCCUUGAUCUCUCCUUUCGACCCCUAUCCCAACCCCUCUGACCACCCCACACCCUCAGGAGGGGGGCACGGUGCACCCAACCCCUCCUCACGACCCCCCUACCCCCUCAUCCACCACCUGCUGCAGCCUGGUGGAGUCCCCAUGAGGGUCGGGGGGCAAUUACACCCACAAAGAUAUAACAGGGAAGAGGAGGAAGAAGGAGGGAUGGAGAGAGAAGAGGAGGAGGAGGAGGAGGAGGGGAUGGGUGGAGGAUUGGUGGGGGUAGGGGGGAAGAGGCUCAGUGGCUCCGCCCUAGUGGCGGACUGGAGUUAUGACAUGCUGAGAGUGAAGAGAUUAAGACUGGAGAGUCUAGUUAAAGGAGAUGGAGAGAUAGGCUUAGAGGAGGAGGAGGAGAGAGGGAGAAGGAGUGCGGAGAGGGGGAACAGGGAGAGAGGGAGGGAGGAGAGGAGAAAGGAGAGAGAGGAGCUGAAGGAACAGUUGGAAGAGGCGAGAGGAAGACUGAAGACCUUACAGGAGAAAGUCUGGAAAGCAUUUGGAGAGAGACCCGCUCAGGAGGAGAGGAGGAAGAGGGGCGGAAGAGAGGAGGAUGGUGAUGGAGGGAUGGACGAAGAGGAGGAGGAGGAGGAGACAGCAGAAGGGAUCACUGAAGAGGAAGAGGGGGGAGAAAUCGACGAUCUCCCUCUUUCCUUCAUCCCUCCUUCUCCCCCUUUCUACAGCGUCACUAAACGAGACCGAAAAGCGAGGGAUCACGAGAAGCCAACAGGGGAAGAUAAGAGGAACGUGAACGGAGGAGGUGGGGUGUUUUUGGAGGGGGUUCUGGAGAGGGCGGCAGUGUGGAUGGGGUGUGGGGUGGAGGGGGAGUGGGAGGGUUUUGGGGGAGGCGGAGGGAGUCAGAAGUUUGCCCAAGCUUUAAAACAGGAACUAGGGAGCGCUGUAGCUCGAGUCAUCGAUAGGGUCCUCCGUCUAUACACUCAAAACCAACCUCUCCCUCCCUCUGUCCAUCCCUCCAUCUUGUCGUCCGGAGAGAGAGGGAACGAGGGAGGAGACAAUGGAGGAGUGUGGGCAACCCUUAGAGAGAGGGAGGAGAGGAGGGGGCGAGUUGGUGUGACACAUGACCAGCAACCCCCCCGCCCAAACGGAGACCCUCCCCCCCACACCUUCCGAGAACAAUCGGAAGCGCUGCCGUUGGUUACGCGUCGACCCGACAACCGCAGAGCCACACUUCUGCCCUCCAACAACCGCACUCACAACCCUCUCCUCCCUUCUCACCCCCUCCCCCCUCUCCGUCAACCUCACCCCCACCCCGCCUUCCUCCCCCCUGUCUCUCGUCAUAAGGACUCCUCCCCCUUCCUCCCCCCCUCCUCCUGCCCGCUCCCCCUCCCCCUCCUCCACUACACCAUGCAACAGCUCUUCACUCGUUCUCUCUCUCACCUUCCUCCUCUCCACAAGGGGAACGUUAUGAACUCUGAUGCCUACAUGGAGGGGAACCCUUUCCCCCCCCAGCACACCUCCUCCUCUCAUCCCUCCUUCCCUCCUCUCUCCCUCGCUCUGAUGGGCGGGUUGGAUCGGCUGGAUGGAGGGAUGCAGCAUCUUCAUGACAGAGAGAGAGAGAGGGAUGGAGGGAUGAGAGGAGGAGGAGGGGAUGGAGGGAUGAGAGGAGGAGGAGGAGGGGAUGGAGGAAUGGAUUCGGGGAUGUUUCUUGGACCGGGUUCAUCUCAGGAGGGUUUGUCUCCCUGUCAUCUGAAGAAAGCCAAACUGAUGUUCUUCUACGCGAGAUACCCCAGCUCUAACACGCUCAAGACUUACUUCCCUGAUGUCAAGUUCAACCGCUGCGUGACCUCGCAGCUGAUCAAGUGGUUCAGUAACUUCCGAGAGUUCUUCUACAUCCAGAUGGAACGCUUCGCCAGACAGGCUGCCCGCGACGGGGCACCCUGCCUGGGGAGAGACAGCAGAGAGCCCCCCCUCCGCCUGGGGAGGGACACGGAGCUCUAUCGCAUACUGAACAUGCACUAUAACAAGAGCAAUGAUUAUCAGGUUCCUGACAGGUUUGUAGAGAUAGCAGAGUUAGCCCUGAGGGAGUUCUUCACAGCCAUACAGACAGGACGUGACAGUGACCCCUGCUGGAAGAAAUCCAUUUAUAAGAUGAUCUGUAAACUAGAUAGUCCUGUGCCUGAUAGCUUUAGACUGCCUGGCUGCCCUAUUGGCUGAGGAGAGGUCACAUGCACACCCCCUGGGAACACACACCAUGACCUGAUGAACAACAAUAAAAUAGAACAUGUGACCUAUAAUGGAGGGAGGAGCAAGGAAGGUCUAAUGGAAUUACUAUGAUAGGAUAUUACUAUACUAUAAUAUUAUACAAUAUUACUAUACUGUACUAUACUAUUAUACAAUAUUACUAUACUGUACUAUACUAUUAUACAAUAUUACUAUACUGUACUAUAUAUACUAUUAUAUGAUAUUACUAUACUGUACUAUACUAUUAUAUGAUAUUACUAUACUGUACUAUACUAUUAUACAAUAUUACUAUACUGUA